AUGCCUCGAGGUCAGAAGAGUAAGCUCCGUGCCCGUGAGAAACGCCAAAAGGCCCGAAGUGAGAGCCAGGGUCUCGUGGGAGCUCAGGCCACUGCAGCGGUGGUAGAGUCUCCCUCCUCCCCCUUGCCUGUUUCUGAGGGUGCUCCCCCGCGCCCCCCUGCAGCAGGUUCUCCCCAGAAGUCUCCCAGGGCCCGGUCCACCAGCAGCCCUGCUGCAGCCAUUUCGGGCUCCAGUUCUGAUGAAGGUGCCAAGAGCCAAGGGGAGGAAAGCCCAGGUUUGUCCCAUGCCCCGCCUUCCUCUGAAAGCGCUCUCAGAGAUCAUCUGAGCAAAGAGGCGGGCCUGUUGGUGCAAUUUCUGCUGCACAAGUAUAAAGUGAGAGAACCCAUUACAAAGGCAGAAAUGCUGCAGAUUAUCAGCGAAGAGCACCAGGAGCAAUUCCCCGAGAUCCUCCGGAAGACCACUGAGCGCAUGGGGCUGGUCUUUGGCCUUGACCUGAAGGAGGUUGACCCCAGCGGUCAGUCUUAUGCCUUUGUUAGGAAAGGGGAUCUUCCCGUCGAAGGGCGUCUGAGCGAUGGCGUGGGCUUUCCCAAGAAUGGGCUCCUGAUGCCCGUCCUGAGUGUGAUCUUCAUGAAUGACAACCGUACCACCGAGGAGGAGAUGUGGGAAUUCCUGAAUGUGUUGGGGGUCUAUGCUGGGAGGAGGCACCCGCUCUUUGGGGAGCCCAGGAAGCUCAUCACCAGAGAUCUGGUGCAGGAAAAGUACCUGGAGUACCGCCAGGUGCCCGACAGUGAUCCUCCUCGCUAUGAGUUCCUGUGGGGUCCGAGGGCCCACGCUGAAACCAGCAAGAUGAAGGUCCUAGAGUUUUUGGCCAAAGCCAGCGAUACUGUCCCCAGUGCCUUCCAGGCCCAUUAUGAGGAGGCUCUGCGAGAUGAGGAAGAGAGAGCCCAGGCCAGAGCUGCGGCCACAGCUGCCGCCGGGGCCUCGUCCAGCAGCACUUCUCAGCCCUAG